GAGAGCGAGAGAGCGAGAGAGACGCAGAAAGAGAGACAGACAUACAGAGAGAGACAGAGGGACAGACAGACAUGGACUCUGAGACAGUUGUAGCUCUGCUCUACUACUUCCUGUUUGCAGUUUUGGUUCAAUCAGUUCCCAUCAGCCCAGCGCCCAACACUCCCCCGGUGUUGAAGGAGGCAGCCGAGCGAGCAAAGACGCUGGUGGAGAAAAUCCUCAGAGAGCUCCCUGCCGUGCACACUGCCACCGUCAACACAGAGGGUUUGACCCUCGACCCCGCGCCUCAGACUCCAAACCUGCAGAUGAUGGUGACCUCCCUGGGCAUCCCCGCCACCCCCAUCCUCAAACCACUGUCUGAACGCUUCACAAUGGACAUGUGUGUGAGUCGUAUGUCAGUGGGCUGUCUGUUGUACCAGGGGCUGCUGGGAGUUUUGGCUGACAGGCUGAGUGGACUAACGAACCUGCGAGCUGACCUCAGAGACUUGCUGACCCACAUCAACAAGAUGAAGGAGGCAGCUCAGUUCGGCGCCGAGAGUCCGGAUCAGAACCAGAGUCUGGAUCUGGCCUCUCGUCUCCAUGGUAACUACGAGGUGCAGGUGGCAGUCCAUGUGACGCUGACACAGCUUCGUUCGUUCUGUCAUGACCUGAUCCGCAGUCUGAGGGCCAUCGCAACCUACAGGCGCCGAGCUGCAGGUGCACGCUAAGCAGUUACCUGCUAAUCCAAAAAUGGGUAAAGAGGAGGAGCACAAAUGGAGCUGAGGUGGGCUGAAUGAAGACUGACAGCUGAACCACGCCCACAGGGCUCAACCUGGUUAGCUCAGGCUAAGGAGCUAGGCCACAUGCUAGCCGUUGUUGCUAGCUGGCUAGUGCUGCGGUGUUGUUGCUACGGGAUGGUCGCGGUCGUCUAAACAAACUUGACUAGAGGUUAGUUACCCCGAAACGAUACCACAACAAAUACUUUUGAUUUAUCUAUUAUCAUAAUCAUACUUCAUAAGCUUUCACGUGCGUCUCCAACCCUGCGUCUCAACUGUGUCUCAGAACUUGUGUCUCCAACCCUGCGUCUCCUCUGGGGUAAAGAAAACUACAAUUCAAACAGUUUAGAUGAAAUGAACCAGUGAAAACA